GCAGACUAGAGUCCACCUUCAGUUUUUCGGACUUCCUCGAACUUUGUCAAACUUAGCAGCAAGUUGAACGCGCUCUCUUUUAUUCUCUGGCCUCCAGAGGCUGAAACCGCUCAACUCUUUUCGCUCUGACACUGUGCAGUCUUUGGGCUGUUUUCUUUUUAGACAAUGAAUUACCAGCCACCUUUUCCUGUAGUACAGUUAUCAGUUUUAUUUAUCAUAAGCUUUUCGCUCGCUCAUGGAUACCCGUCAAGUCUCUUUCAGGGCAGCGCGUAUUCAGGAGCCGUUCACAGGCACAGAAAUAAAAACUGGUGUGCUUUUAUUGUCCAAAAGAACGUAAGCUGCGCAGUUCAAGGCAGCGUGGAAAGUCACGUUGAACCUGAAGCCGCGGGCUGUCCAGAGCAUCAGCCUGACUGCGAGCCACAAAUGAUAUACCGUACUCGGUUUCGGCCGACUUACAAGAUAGCAUACAAGACUGUAACUGAGCUAGAAUGGAGGUGCUGCCCAGGAUACCAGGGCCCAGAUUGCAGAGAAUUGAAAGGCUCUCCAAACGGACAGACAUCAUAUCCACAAUCAAACCCACAACGCCCACAGCAACACCAUGGACAAACUCGACCUGCACAAAGGCCAGAACGACGAGAAACAGGACAAUAUGAUAUCAGACGAACAGCUGACAAAACACGCAUACUGGAGGAAGAAGUGCAGCGCCUCUCGCAGACAGUUCUGGAUCUUCAAGCAGCCAUGACAGGUAUGGCUGAGAACCUGAGGACAGACUUACAGGAAGACACCAGCAAGAUGCUCAUUACCUUCCUCAAUGACAGGACUUCACCUGACAGCGCAAGAACAGGAGGCACGGAGGAGAGUGUGGUGCAUCUAGAUGGCCACCAGGCAGUGAGAGGCCACACCCAUGGGGAAAGAGAAAUGGAGACACUGUUGGCCAGGCUCAACGAUAUGACAGAUGCUCUCAAAAGCAAAGACGAAGCUCUUGAGGAACUGCGGGGAACAGUGACAGGGCAUGACGGCCAGAUACGAAUGCUUAUGGAUAGUUCCUCUCAAGGCCUACCAGUCACGGGCACUGCUGCUACUCCAGAUAUAGGCAUCCUUCAGACUUAUAUUGAUGGGAAGUUUGAGAAGCUCAAGAAGGAUCUUGUUGUAAACAUGGAAGAAGAGAUGGCCAAGCUUAAAAGUGCAUGUGAUGAAAAGAUUCAGGCUCUUCAAAAAACAUGUGAAGAUGGAAAGGACAGCAGCUUUGUGAGCCUCACCGAUCUAGUGCACAACAAGGAAGCUGAGCUUAGGAAGGAGAUCCGUGAGCUCCGAUUGGAUAUGUCUAUGUCGGACGGUGUAGUGCGCACAAACCGUCAAACAAACAUUGGAAAAGAUGAUAGUGACUACAAUGACUUGAGGAAGGAAAUUAUUCGAGUGGCAGAUGCCCAUCGUGUCCUUAAUGCCAGAGUGGACAAUGAGCUAGAGCAUCUGUCCACACUGAAGAUAGAAGACGUGCUUGGUUCGCGCAUAGAGGACUUGGAGGACAGGAUGAACGUCACUGAAAGGAACGCUGAGACUUUUUGCUUCUAUGUGGAUGAAAAACUUACCAAGGAAAUUAUGGAUGAAGUAGCUAAGCUACGUGAACUCCUGGACCAGAAACUCAGUGGCGUGCAGGAUCAGUUCACUUCCAUGUUGAUUGAAAUGAGCAACAACUCCUUCCCGGGGAUGCCUAGCGAUUCUGUCGAUGCACUGCAAAUUCAAGUUCAUGCUAACAGUCGUCUUAUAAAAGGGUUGGAGGACAAGUUUAACACAAUUGGGCAGAUAUGCUCAACUGACUGCAAAACCAACCUACCCACUGAUUCCAAAACUCCAGAAGGUCUGGACAGUCUUGUAAAGGACGUAAGACUCUGUAGAAAUGAUCUGGAUGUCCUACGUUCUGAUUUUGUGAACAACGUAGCAAGGGUUCAUGCAUUAGAGGAUACUAUUAGAAUGUCACCUGAGAAAGAGUUUAUUAAUGCACAUAUACAGGACACCCGCAAAAGAAUGAAUGGUUUGACUGACAACGUUAAUGGCUUGACUGGAGCUCUAACAGGACUGGGAGACACAGUCAGCAAAUUUAGUCAAGACCUUCACACUUUGAACUCCACAUGUUGCCAGCAAGUCAGCAGUUCCCCACUUGAGGUAGAAACUGGUAAACCGAGCCACAACCAGAUCGAGGAGCUAAAAAAACAAUUGGAUGCACUGAACACUCGAGUGAAUACAGAGUUGAGCGUGUGUAAGUUCAACACGGCUGGAGUAGCUGAGGGUGUCUCUGCGGUCGAUGACAGGGUGACUGCCCUGGAGAAGAUCUGUGGAAGUCUUAAUGGUGAGAGGAACAAUAUCCAGGACCUUUCAGAGGAAACGGAGAGGAAGGUGGCACAGAUGAACAGCACUCUGGGCACUCAUUCAGGAGCGAUCACGGCUCUUCAAAACUCCUUUCUGAACUUUCAGAGUCAGCUAGCAGGAAUGGCUAAGCAGAUCCAGAAGGAUCAUACAAGUAAAGAACAAGGACUGCCUGUUCGGCAGGAUAGACCUGCGUCUGCUCCUGACACUCGAGCUCCGACACAACCCAUGAGACCUUACGUUCCUCGCAUCCACAUACCUUUGAUCAUACCACACAGAGCAGUGCCAGCCCCCACUGGCCGUCCCUAUGUACGUCAGCCACACAUCCCACACAAGCCCUAUUUCCCUCAGCCACCAGGCAGCCCCAGGCAUCCCGUCCACCCCGUACAACCCCACCAACCUGCUGUACACCAGCCAGUGGUGGUCACAGGGCAGGCCGGCCCACCUGGGUAUGUGCGCAGGGUCACGGUCAGACGGGAUCAAAACUCAGAGGACUCAAAAACGCCUUUGAAAGGAUUUGCAGGUGCUCCAGGUUAUCCUCCUGUCCGUCCUGUCUCAUAUGAUACCAAACAGUCUCAUCCAGAAGCUGCCCAUGUCCCAUGGAGUCCUGCAUAUCAAAGACCCAUUGCAACUCCAGUAGUGUCACAGCAGAACUCCUUGACAGAUCCGUUUUCUUUCUCUGCUGGCCUCGUACAGCAGACGUUCUCAGGGGACUUCGGUAUCAUUCGCUUUGAUAGGGUGCUAGUCAACGAUGGAGGACACUAUAACCCUCAGACAGGGAUCUUCACGGUGCCCUCCGAUGGCCGUUAUCUGGUGUCCGCUGUUCUAACAGCUCCACGGGGUGAGCACGCUGAAGCCGUGCUCUCGGUAUCCAAUCGCAGCGUGCAGAAGCUGGACACAGCGGGUUACUGGAGAGCCCACUCACGGCUGACCCGAGAUCAGUGCUCAUGUGGGGGGGCCGCGUCCUUCAACCUCAUCCUCCCACUCCGGCAAGGUGACACCUUGGCCUUGGUGCGCACCGCCGGAAAGCUGGCGAUCUCUGAAUCCAGAGAGAUCCUCUCCACCUUCAGCGCUAUAUUCCUCUACUCGCCUCAAGCCAGCAGAUAACCCCGUCACUAAGAGGGGUGCUAAUGUGACUUUUCACGCAAGUCUAACCAUUCACAAUGCUGCCUCAUUUGAAAAGGUGCGAUCACAUUAACAAAAUUUUCAACGCUUGAAUCCACUGCGACAUCUUUGUAGGACCGUGUGGAUUCCCACUGAAAUCACUGGAUUUCAUUUGCGAGAAUUUGCAGAACACUAAAUGUGACCGCACCUUGAGAUUGUGACUAUGCAAUAGAGUUUGGCUUUACUUAUUUAUCAGACACACAAUAUUUGGUAAAAUAGAUGGUAAAAUAUCAAUCACAAACGCACUCACAAUCACAAAGAAAAAGAGCAUACCAUUAGAUUUUAGUAGUAUACUUGCAACAAUAUAUAUAGUUUGUUUUAAAAUUGUGAUCUUAAAGGGAUAGUUCCCCCAAAAAUUAAAAAUGUCAUUACUCACCCUCAUGUCGUUCCAAACCUGUAAGACCUUCGUUCAUCUUCAGAACACAAAUUAAAGGAGAACUCCAUUUCCAGAACAAUAAUUUACAUAUACUCACCCCCUUGUCAUCCAAGAUGUUCAUGUCUUUCUUUCUUCAGUCGUAAAGAAAUUGUUUUUUGAGGAAAACAUUUCAGCAUUUUUCUUCAUAUAAAGACUGAUAUGGUACCCCGAUUUUGAACUUCCAAAAGGCAAGGUUUAAAUGCGGCUUCAAGCGAUCCCAAAUGCGGUUGUAAACGACCCCAGACGUCGCCACAUUUAAACUGCUUUUUGGAAGUUCAAAAUGGGGGCACCAUACCAGUCCACUAUAUGGAGAAAAAUGCAGAAAUGUUUUCCUCAUAAACAUAAUUUCUUUACGACUGUAGAAAGAAAGACAUGAACAUCUUGGAGGACAAGGGGGUGAGUACAUUAUAUGUGAAUCUUUGUUUUGAAAGUGGACUUCUCCUUUAAGGUUUUUUGAUGAAAUCCGAAAGCUUUCUGACCCUGCAUAGGGGUCAUUAUACAGUUGUGGGUACAUCUCAUGUCCGCAAAGUAUAUUUUUAAUAUAUUUUCAUGAACAUAAAGCCCCAAUGCUUAAUUUUCUAGUACACAAAUAUAUUUUUCCUAAUCAUACUACUAUAUGCUGAAAAAGCCAUGUCUUUUGUUCAGCUGUCCGAUUUGCACAUUCUACUCUGCAGUUAAGCAUGAAAAUUACCUCAAAUAUAAACUUAUUUUUUGUUUAUGAAAAUACAUUUCUAAUCAUACCAUAUGCUCAGUAGUGCUAGGUUUCCAUGUUGAGUAUAGGCCCAAAACACCAAAAAUGUCAACUAAGUUACCUGUCAACUGUGUUACCCAGUAAAGGUAUCAUGGUGGCUAUAUUCCUACAGAUCACCUUUAUUUAUAUAUCACUUUAUACAAUAUAGAUUGUUUCAAAACAGCUAUGUAAGGUCAUGUCUGGGCUUUUGGGAAACAGGAAAACUUUUUUCUUCACAUUGUCCAAUUCUAAAUGUACCCCUAAUUAUAGAAUGACCCAUAGACAACAAUGCAACUCGCACGUUUAAGACCAAGAAAGGUUGUAAGGACAUUGUUAAAAAAGUCCAUGUGACGAGUGGUUCAAACUUAAUUUUCUGAAGCUAUGAAAAUACUUUUUGAGCAUUUAACGAUAUCCUUACUAUCUUUCUGGGCCAGAAAGCUCUCAGAUUUAAUCAGAAAUAUCUUAAUUUGUUUUCUGAAGAUGAACAAAGGUCUUACAGAUUUGGAACGACAUGAGGGUGAGUAAUUAAUGACAGAAUUUUCAUUUUUGAGUGAAUUAUCAUUAUGUGUAUGAAAUGUAAAAGGUUUAUAUAUAUUUUUUGCAACAUUAAAUUAACAAAUGCAUAUUUUUUAAUCUUUAAAAACUGGUUCAACAGUUCAGUUUAAAUAUUACUUCUUUUACAGCCAAUAUUUUUAUCUAUAAAAUAAAUAAAUAAAUGAACUACCAUGA